CUCAUCAAUGGUAAAUCAACGCGAUUGCAGUUCGAUACGGCAUCAGAUAUAACCCUGAUUUCUAAAAGCACCUGGAACCAUAUUGGAAGACCAUUGGUUAUCUCAUCUAUCAAGGAGGUAAGGAAUGCAUCAGGAGAUGAAUUAAACCUGACCGGCGAAAUCCAUUGUGAUAUUUCCUUUAACGGUGUUCAAACGAGGGGUAUCUGUUAUCUAACUGAUCGCCCAAACCUAAAUCUCUUGGGAAUUGACUGGAUCGAAAAGCUGGGAUUGUUUGACGUUCCCGUGAACAAAAUUUGUAACCAGCUGCAAGUGAAAAAGGCACAUACAUCUUCAGUCCAGGGCAUGAUGCAAUUGCUCAGACAGAAAUUCGCUACGAUAUUCGAAGAUGGUCUUGGUCACUGCACAAAGUUUAAGGCCUCACUUUCCCUGAAACCAGGAGUCAAGCCAGUUUUCAAGGCGAAACGUCCAGUGCCGUAUGCCGCGAUCCAAUCUGUCAACGACGAAUUGGACAGAUUGCAGAAAUCUGGCGUCAUUCAGCCGGUCAACUAUUCACCAUGGGCAGCGCCGAUUGUUGCUGUCAAAAAAGCCAGCGGAAAAGUGCGCAUCUGUGCCGAUUUUUCAACAGGUCUAAACACAUCGCUGGAGGAUCAUCAAUACCCCCUGCCGAUACCGGAGGACAUAUUCGCAAAACUAAAUGGUGGUACCUGUUUUGCUAAACUCGAUCUCUCCGAUGCAUAUCAUCAAGUGGACGUUGCAGAUGAUUCAAAGGAACUGUUGACUAUCAACACCCAUCGUGGGCUGUUCCAGUUCAACCGUCUGCCCUUUGGCGUAAAAUCCGCACCAGCAAUUUUUCAGCAGUUGAUGGAUACAAUGCUGACAGGAAUUGCAGGAGCUGCGGCAUACUUGGAUGAUAUCAUCCUGAUGGGCAGAACGAAAGAGGAUCUAUUUGAAACCAUGAAUGCAGUAUUCAGUCGGAUUCAGGAUUAUGGACUCAGAAUCCGAGAAGAAAAGUGCAAUUUCUUCAUGCCUUCAAUUAAAUACCUCGGGUUCAUUUUGGACAAAGAUGGUCGACGUCCUGAUCCAGAAAAUAUCGAAGCUAUUCAGAAGAUGCCUCCACCGAAGGAUCUUCCAACCCUCAGGUCCUUCUUGGGGCUCAUCAGUCAUUACAGCACGUUCCUCCCUGAGAUGCAUCGUCUUCGGACGCCGUUGAAUCAGCUUCUAGUCAAAGACCAACCCUGGAAUUGGUCACAAGAAUGUCAGAAUGUUUUCAACAAAGUCAAAUCAAUGCUGAAGUCGAAUCUACUGCUAACCCAUUUUAACCCGGCAUUAGACAUAGUCGUAGCAGCCGACGCAUCAAACAGUGGAGUUGGUGCAGUCAUUUCCCACGUAUUCCCUGAUGGACAAAAGGCCAUUUCACAUGCCGCAAGAUCACUGACUGCUGCGGAGCGUAACUAUAGCCAGAUUGAAAAGGAAGCAUUGGCCAUCAUCUUCGCCGUGAAGAAAUUUCACAAAAUGCUGUACGGCCGCAGAUUUACACUUCUCACCGAUCACAAGCCUCUGCUCGCGAUCUUCGGCAGCAAAAAGGGAAUCCCAGUCUACACAGCCAAUCGUCUUCAACGUUGGGCGCUCAUUCUGUUGGGCUACGAUUUCGAGAUUCGCUACCAGUCAACUACUUCAUUUGGCCAAGCAGACGCAUUGUCCAGACUCAUCGGUUCUCAGCAUCAGGAACCAGAAGAAACCGUCAUAGCGGCGAUAUCAACCGAGCCAGAUGUCAACUUCAUCGUUGCUGAUGCAUUACGUAGCAUGCCGGUGACAGCUGACGAAGUUCGAGAAGCAACUCUUCAGGAUCCAACACUGAAGAGAGUCGCAAAGUUUCUUCACAGCACCUGGCCAACUGCAUGUGAUUCCGACGAACUGCGUCAAUUUUUCCAUCGGAAGAACUCACUUUCAAUUGUGAACGAUUGUAUCAUGUUCGCAGAAAGAGUAGUAAUCCCGAAGAAGCUUCAGACGAGAGUGCUGCAACAAUUCCACAUGGGGCAUCCAGGUAUUAAUCGGAUGAAAGCACUCGCCCGCAGUUACGUCUACUGGCCGUUCAUCGACCAACAACUGGAAGGAAUGGUUAAAAGCUGUUUUCAGUGUGCUUCCGCUUCCAAGAUGCCGAUAAAAGCCGAACUUUCAAGCUGGCCGAUUCCGGAAAAACCCUGGUCGCGUGUCCAUAUCGAUUAUGCUGGACCCGUUAAUGGUCAAUCGUUCCUCGUGGCUGUCGACGCUUUCAGUAAAUGGCCUGAAGUUUUUCUCAUGGACAGCACAACAACAUCAUCGACCGUUGCAAAGCUUAACCAACUUUUCAGUCGAUUUGGCGCACCAGAGACAAUUGUUAGUGAUAAUGGUACCCAAUUUACGUCGGCACAUUUCGAGCUUUUUUGCAAGCGCAACGGAAUCAACCAUGUCCGCUCUCCGCCGUUCCAUCCACAGUCAAAUGGACAAGCUGAAAGAUUUGUGGAUACCUUCAAACGGGCGCUUCAGAAGUCGAAGGGGGAGGGAACGACCGCGGACCUCAUUGAAAGAUUUCUUUUGAUGUACCGCGCCACUCCAAACCCGCAAUCGCCAGGCGGAGUCUCACCAGCGGAGGCCCUGAUGAACAGAAAAUUACGGAUGCCAUUCGAUGUUAUUCGUCCAGCAACCAUCCCCACGAGACGAAACCAAGUGAUGGAGAGACAGUUCAACAGACGACAUGGAGCCAUACCACGCAUGUUCGCUCCUGGUGAGUCGGUCUUGGUACGAGAUUAUCGAAAACAACACUAUGGCUGGAUUCCAGGAACGAUCCUGAGGAAGCGAGGAAGGGUACUGUAUGAUGUACAAGUUGGAUCACAAGUGUGGACACGUCACGUAAACCAGCUGAGACCGACGAGAUGCCAAGUGCACCAAAACCAAAAGCGAUUACUGCAGUUUGAUUUGCUCCUGGAGGAAUUCAGUCUGCCUAAAACACCACAGGCCGAGGAAAACCAGCAGACCCCAUGCCAGCACGAAACGUCGCAGAAACCCAUGCUCCCGAGGCGCUGGACGGACCGCAAAAGAGUUCCAUCUAGACGGUUACAAGUCAAUCCCAAGAUGGCCUCCUACGCAACAGAUGAAAGCUUAACCGGGGAGGUGUCAGGGAAAACCUAA